GAAAAUGAUUGACUUACGAAUGAAGUUGUCUAUGAAGUUAGUAUAUGCAUGUCAUCAUUGCUUAGCCAAAUUUAUUGAUGCUAGGUCGUUCAAUCGCGUCUCACAACUGUAUGCAUGUCAACGAUGGCGUUUGCUCUCCAAUACGUUCAGUUUUGGAGUCAUCCGCAACUGGACCGACUUUCAUAUUCUGACCUGAAGCUUCGUCUAUAUGGUUAGGGGUUUCUUGCCAGCAAUGCCAUGGACUUGACUGUUGGCGCUCAAUGCCCCUGAAAGCCCCCACAAGUGCCAUCUUGCCGGGCCCCGAGAUGACCGCGGAAGUAGCCGAGAUUACUUGAAACCAUGUAAACGUGUCUUUCAACUUUUGCUGUUUCUCAAGGUAACAGACGCAGAAGUCAUGGUCGCGUGAUCGAAACUCAAACCGUACUGGCACCAAGUCGUCAGCGCAGUACCGGAUCGUUGGAUCCAGCUGCAUCACAAUCAAACUUGACGCCAUGCCGUCCAUGAUCCAGACGGCGAUCCACAACACCUUUAUCAAAGCAGCCGCCAACCUAACAGCUCAGCUAGCCGUGCAGUGGACAACUACUGCAGAACGCCAGCCCCUGGACCUUCAGCGCAUCCUCGAGUUCGCCGUGUUUGGAUUCGUCGGCGCUCACAUCGGCUAUGCUUGGCAUCUCUUCCUGGAACGGCAGUUCCCUACACAUACCAUACCCAAGGUCGGACAGCCACCUGUGAUUGCGCCCGGGGAGAAGGACAAGGAUGUGGCCAUAACGAUACCGGCGCCGGCGCCUGCGGCGGGUCAAGCCGGAGGCGCAACGGCCAAACUCAGCUGGAGAAAUGUCGUCGCCAAACUCAUCGCAGACCAGACUGUUGGUUUGUGUGUUAUGAUCUCCACGUUCCUGAUCAUCACCAACAUCGCCCGCGUGCCGCAUUUUGUGGAUGUUUUCGGGGUAAUUGAGGAGAAGCUCUGGAGGCUGGUGAGGGCGGGCUGGAAUCUCUGGCCCAUUGUCGCAAUGUGCAACUUCCUCUGGGUACCGGUGAGGUGGCGCGUCAUUGUCUCUUCUUGCGUCGGUUUUCUCUGGAACAUCUUCUUGAGCGUGGUCUCGAUGUCCGGGCCUGUCGAAACUACGAAACCAGGAUAGUGCGACCUGUCCAGUCAGGGAUUCUAAGCAUCGCGCGGCGUUUCGGAACAGCAACUGGGCAUUGCGGUUUUUUCUUGCGAUCAUGUUAUUCAUUCAUGUGUUUGGGGAUCAAUCAAAUGUUAUUUUAUUCUGCAUCGAGCGGGUGCAUGUGUUCGUACAAGACUCACAUGUUGCUCCUAUUUACUUAUGCCAUGCUAAUGCGGAACAACGGGCUUCGACUAUCCAGGCGAAUCGACAACCGCUUAUCAUUCCGCCUCUUUAUAGGUCGAGCGUAUCAUCCGUAUUAUCUAAUGUAUCAGAUAAAUCAUCGUCCACUUGGCUUGGCAUCCCGUCCCUGUAGUCAUGUGGAUCGAGCGUGUCGUCCGUAUUAUCUAAUGUAUCAGAUAAAUCAUCGUCCGCUUCUCUUGAGAUUCUACCCCUGUAGUCAUAUAGCUCGAGAUAUGGAUCGAGCGUGUCGUCUGUGUUGGCCAAUGUAGCAGAC